UCGAUGCGUUAGUGUCAGAUCUGAGAUUUGGUUUUAGUCCAGGGACCGAAUUGCCUACAUCGUUAAAGAAUUGUAGAUGUGGUCAAUAUUAAAUAGUACAGACUUAGUAGUAGAGAUUAUUGACGACCCUGAAACACUUUAGCUUUUACCGGUAAGUUAUGUGUCUGUGUUGAUGGGAACGCCUUCCCUGAUUUGCGAGAAAUAACUAGGAGGAGAAUUAAACACUCCCAGAUCAUAAUGGCCUUGAUAUCUUAGGCCUCCGAAAGGGUUGUAAUCUUUAAUGUUGACGUGUGUGUCUAGGUAACUCAUAGUGUGGAGAAAAACCAUUCAUUUAUUAUAGCGGGCUCCGGAUCCAGCUUUCUUCCCCCUUGAGGUUAGAGGAGGAAAAGCAAGGGAAAGAAUUAGCUGGUUUCCCAACUCUCUCUCUCAACUCCUCCUUGUGGUUGACAAGACAAAGCACAGUUUUUCUUUCGAGGCAAAGUAUAAUCCUUCUAGGGAAUUGCGACUGGAAGAAAUCCUCCGGACAUUUUGUGAGCUGUGCCUGGGAAAACAGGAUAGACGAUUGUGUGGCGGAAUGAAACGAAAGCAUUAGUUCAGCAGAUAAUAUUGAUAGCUUAUGUGCCAGCCGUGUCUUUGGAUAUGAGGGAUAGAGCUGUGAACGAGAAGUCUGCCCUCUUCAGGCAUAUGUCCAAGAAAAAAAUACGUAUGUAGUCCUUUUGGAGAUGAGACGUGUUGCAAAGAAAAGACGAGGUAAACAGGAAUAGGGAUGGGGACACAAUUUAAAACAAUGUUAAUUAGCUGGGGAUGUAGCUCACUGGAAGUUACCACAGCUAGGAUGUGUGGAGAAAGUGGUCGCCGAUUUGAAGACAUGGGAUGCAGCUGUCUAAGGGAAGAACAUUCCAGGGAAAGGUCCUGAGAUUUUUGCUUCAGUGUCUUGAGGAUCUUGAUGCCAAUCUACGAAAAUUAAAUUCUCGUCUGUUUGUGAUUCGGGGACAGCCAGCUGAUGUAUUUCCCAGGCUUUUCAAGGAAUGGAACAUCACUAAACUCUCAAUUGAGUAUGAUUCUGAGCCUUUUGGGAAGGAACGAGAUGCAGCUAUCAAGAAGCUGGCUACUGAGGCUGGCGUGGAAGUCAUCGUGCGCAUUUCACAUACACUGUAUGACCUGGACAAGAUCAUAGAACUCAAUGGCGGACAGCCACCUCUAACAUAUAAAAGGUUUCAGACUCUCGUCAGCAAGAUGGAGCCACUGGAGAUGCCAGCAGACACCAUCACAUCAGAUGUGAUAGGAAAGUGCAUGACCCCUCUGUCUGAUGACCAUGAUGAGAAAUAUGGCGUUCCUUCCCUGGAAGAGCUCGGCUUUGAUACAGAUGGCCUGUCCUCUGCAGUGUGGCCAGGAGGAGAAACUGAGGCACUUACACGUUUGGAAAGGCAUUUGGAAAGAAAGGCCUGGGUGGCAAACUUUGAACGACCUCGAAUGAAUGCAAACUCCCUGCUUGCAAGCCCAACUGGACUCAGUCCUUAUCUCCGCUUUGGUUGUUUAUCAUGUCGGCUGUUUUAUUUCAAACUAACAGAUCUCUACAAAAAGGUAAAGAAGAAUAGUUCCCCUCCCCUUUCUCUUUAUGGGCAACUCCUGUGGCGUGAAUUUUUUUAUACAGCAGCCACAAACAACCCACGCUUUGACAAAAUGGAAGGGAACCCCAUCUGUGUUCAGAUCCCUUGGGACAAGAACCCCGAGGCUCUGGCCAAAUGGGCAGAAGGCCGGACAGGCUUCCCGUGGAUUGACGCCAUCAUGACUCAGCUUCGUCAGGAGGGCUGGAUCCACCAUUUAGCCAGACACGCGGUUGCCUGUUUCCUGACUCGUGGUGACCUGUGGAUCAGCUGGGAAGAAGGGAUGAAGGUCUUUGAAGAGUUACUGCUUGAUGCAGAUUGGAGCAUAAAUGCUGGAAGUUGGAUGUGGCUGUCCUGCAGUUCCUUUUUUCAGCAAUUUUUUCACUGCUACUGCCCUGUGGGUUUUGGUAGGAGGACAGAUCCCAAUGGAGACUAUAUUAGGCGUUAUUUACCUGUCCUAAGAGGCUUCCCUGCAAAAUAUAUCUACGAUCCUUGGAAUGCACCAGAAGGCAUCCAGAAGGUUGCCAAGUGUUUGAUAGGAGUUAAUUACCCCAAACCGAUGGUGAACCAUGCUGAGGCAAGCAGACUGAAUAUUGAAAGAAUGAAGCAGAUCUAUCAGCAGCUUUCCCGGUACAGAGGGCUAGGUCUUCUCGCCUCGGUCCCUUCUAACUCUAAUGGGAAUGGAGGGCUCAUGGGCUAUGCUCCUGGAGAGAAUGUCCCGAGUUGUAGCAGCAGCGGGAAUGGAGGGCUCAUGGGCUAUGCUCCUGGAGAGAACGUCCCGAGCUGUAGCGGUGGAAAUUGCUCUCAAGGAAGUGGUAUUUUACACUAUGCUCACGGGGACAGUCAGCAGACUCACUCACUCAAGCAAGGGAGAAGCUCCGCGGGCACCGGCCUCAGCAGUGGGAAGCGUCCUAGUCAGGAAGAGGAUGCCCAGAGUGUCGGCCCCAAAGUCCAGCGGCAGAGCAGUAACUGAUACGAAAGCGUGUGGGAGGAGUCCUCGCAACUGAAGUUGGUGGGAAAGUCAGUACUUUUCAUUUAAAUUAUUUAAAAAUGUCAUUCAUUCAUGGAAAACAGUUACAUUUCAAACAUUAUUUCUAAUAAUAUUUCUGUGGUUUUUAACUUUUUAAUGAAUGUCAUAUAGGACAAGUGGUAAUUUGUAUAUAAGAUCUUGGUAAGAGAUUUGCUUAAUGUAAAUAUAAGCCACAGUUAGAAUAGACUCAUCAGUAUAUUUUUGAUAAUUUUUCAUGUAUGGUAAAAGUUAAAGUUAACAGAUAUUCUGAUAUAAAUCUCAAGAGUUUUGAGAGUCAUUGCAGGAAAAUGGGAAGUUUUUAAACUUUCUUAAAAGACUUUGUUAAAAUUUUAGGGCACAUUUUUCCAGACAUCAGUGUUUGAUCUAAUUUUGCAGUCUUUGAUAAUAAUGCUUUAGAGAAUACAUGUAAUCAAGUGCAUAGGCCUCUGUCAGCGAGGGCCAUCUGUGUUACAGCCUCCUGACUUGCGCAGUGCAUUGUGCCGAGCUCCUUUGUCUCUCCGCCUCUUUAUUUACAUCUACCGUGACUUUGUUAUUAAAGUAUAUGCAAAUAUGGAA